AGAUCCUUUUCUGCUCCACUUUGGCCAACUAUAAGCUAUAUGCACACGUCAUCUUUUCCCACCUUUCCAUGUGGAUGAUGCUGCAUUCCGAGCGGUGCUGAAAGGGAACUGAUUCUGGAUCUGACUGCAUGACAAGUUGAAGGGAGUAGCCUGCAGGGCCCUGGCUUCGGAUCACGACCAGUUUAGUCAUUUUUCUCUACCGCCUGUGAUGCGCGUUGUGGCGGUCUUGCUCUGUCUUAUUUCGCGGGAUAAAGUCGAUUUUCGGCAAGAAUGAGCAGCAAAGAGAUCACAGUGGGCCAGUCCAGCCAGUACGUGGGGCCUUACCGGCUGGAGAAGACCCUCGGGAAGGGACAAACAGGCCUGGUAAAGCUGGGUGUCCACUGUAUAACAGGGCAGAAGGUGGCCAUAAAGAUUGUGAACAGAGAGAAACUCUCAGAAUCAGUUCUGAUGAAGGUGGAGAGAGAGAUAGCUAUUCUUAAACUAAUAGAGCACCCCCAUGUUCUGAAGCUCUAUGAUGUCUAUGAAAAUAACAAAUACCUGUAUUUGGUGUUGGAGCAUGUCUCUGGUGGGGAGUUGUUCGACUACUUGGUGAAGAAAGGCAGGCUGACUCCCAAGGAGGCCCGGAAAUUCUUCAGACAAAUCAUCUCUGCCCUCGAUUUCUGCCAUAGUCAUUCCAUAUGUCACAGAGACCUGAAGCCAGAGAAUCUUCUCCUGGAUGAGAAGAACAACAUUAGGAUAGCGGACUUUGGCAUGGCCUCGCUACAAGUUGGGGACAGUCUGCUGGAGACCAGUUGUGGAUCUCCUCAUUAUGCUUGUCCAGAGGUCAUUAGGGGAGAGAGGUACGAUGGUCGCAGGGCUGAUGUCUGGAGCUGUGGAGUUAUUCUCUUUGCUCUGCUUGUGGGUGCCUUGCCCUUUGACCAUGACAACCUGCGGCAGCUUCUGGAGAAAGUGAAGAGCGGAGUUUUCCACAUGCCCCACUUCAUACCGCCUGACUGCCAAGCUUUGCUUAAAGGAAUGAUUGAAGUCAAUGCUGACAAAAGACUCACGCUAGAAGCAAUACAGAAACACAACUGGUACCUGGGUGGCCGUAAUGAGCCUUGCCCAGAACAGCCUCCUCCUCGCCGGGUGUGUGUGACGAGGAUCCUGUCCCUAUCAGAACUGGACCCAGAUGUCCUUGAAAGCAUGUACUCUUUGGGGUGCUUCAGAGACCGAGUGAAACUCACACAGGACCUUACAAAUGAGGAGGAGAACCAGGAGAAAAUGAUCUACUACCUCCUAUUGGAUAGAAAAGAGCGAUACCCAAGCUGUGAAGACGAGGACCUGCCACCCAGGAAUGACAUUGACCCACCAAGGAAGCGUGUGGAUUCCCCCAUGUUGACGCGUCAUGGUCGUUGUCGUCCAGAGAGAAAGAGCUUGGAGGUCCUCAGUGUUACAGAACAAGGGUCUCCCACCCCACCUCGCAGGGCUCUGGACACUAAUGCGCACAGCCAGAGGUCUCGUUCAGUCAGCGGUGCAUCCACAGGUCUGUCCUCCAGUCCCCUCAGCAGUCCCAGGCAUUACAGAAGCCCAGUCUUCACCUUUAACCAAUCAGAGGUCACCUCCACUUCCUCUUCCAAAGACCCCAAAGCAGGAAGUGCCACCACUUCUCGGCCCACCCGUCCGAUGCCUGACCCAAAAACCCAAACCUUGCCCUCCAAGGGUCCCACUGACCGGCCUCAGCUCCACUCCAUGAAGUCACUCCCCCUCCAAACACCUCGCUCUCCUUCGCCAUCCCCCUCUCCCAUCCUCUCCCCCAUCCCACGGUUCUUCAACUUCCCUUCUCCUUCCGUCUUCAGGUCCAAGAAUGUCCACUCAUCCUCUAACUCAUCUGCCACCCCUUCCCCUGUUUCGCAGGUUACGCCACAGGGCUCGCCUCUGCCCACUCCGCUUGGCACACCCGUGCACCAAAUCCAACACCCUUCCUCCACCACCCCUCCCUCCUCCUCCUCUUCGUCUUCGUCCUCCAGAGUGGACGGAGCGGGCGGGGCGUCACUGUCACUGACCCCGCCCUCCAGUCCAGGAGGGAGUGGCAAUCUGGCCACCUCGAGUUCCACCCACUGGAGGACGAGGCUUAACUCGUUUAAAAACAACCUGCUGGGCUCUCCACGUUUCCAUCGACGUAAACUGCAAGUUCCUACGUCAGAGGACAUGUCCAGUCUGACUCCUGAGUCCAGUCCAGAGCUGGCUAAGAGGUCGUGGUUUGGUAACUUCAUCAGUCUGGAGAAGGAGGAGCAGAUAUUUGUGAUGAUCAGAGACAAGCCGCUCAGCUCAAUCAAGGCUGACAUCGUUCAUGCCUUCCUCUCUAUCCCCUCUCUCAGCCAUAGUGUGGUAUCUCAGAAUAGUUUCAGGGCAGAAUACAAGUCCUCGGGUGGCCCAUCUGUCUUCCAGAAACCUGUCAAGUUCCAGGUGGACAUUGCUUUCUCUGAGGAAGAGAGGGAACGCGAGAGGGAACGAGCGGAGAGAGAAGGACGAAGAGAGAUGGGCAUCUACAGUGUCACCUUCACUUUACUAGCAGGUCCCAGUCGCAGAUUUAAAAGAGUCGUAGAAACUAUUCAAGAUCAGCUUCUUAGCACCCAUGAUCAACCUUCUGUGCAAGCUCUGGCAGAUGAAAAGAAUGGUCAGCACUCCCGUCAGCCCAGUGUUCCUUCCCAUCAGAACUCCCGGCAUUCUGAAAGUGGAUCGGAUCGAGUUGAAAGGGAGCAUACAGCAGAUGGAAUGAGUGGCAGCAGCAGCAGCAGCAGCAGCAGCGGAACCGUCUUACAGCGGCGAGAGUCAGGGAGAGACAAGAUCAGACUUCUUUCAUCGUCCAACGGGACGCAGUCUCACCCUUGAAAAGAAUAUUGCUAAUAAGAAGAGAGGGUCGUCUAUCUAGAGGUGUCCGUCUGGCUUCCCUCUCUUUCUCUCAGUCCUUCCAGCAUUCUCUCCUUUGCCUUUCCCUUAUUUCCUUUUAGGCUUCUGACCUUUAACCCCAAGGAAUAGAAGAUGGGAAGGACCUUUGUCAAAGAUAGUCUAGAGAUACGACUGACAAUUCCCCAGAAGUGUCUAUCUGUAGUAGAAAUAGGUACUGAUGAAGUGAGAAAGCAGAACAGAGAAAACUCACAGCCAGGUAAACAAGUUGUCCACCUCCCACAAGUGAACAAAGCACAGGACAUUUCUACUGAACAAUCACAAUCAACAGUUGCUUCAGACUUUGCAGGAAACCUCCAAGUACAUCGGUGAGGAUGGUUUAUGCUGAUCAUGGCCAAUGAGUGCAACGAAACAUUCUGAUUCAUCAUUUCCUGCCCAUCCAGUUUGAUCACCUGCAUCACUUAUUCUCCUCACCUUUCUAUGGGAAAAACAAAUGUGUUUUCUCCAACAGACCAACAUGAGGGAAAAUUGGCCAAGAAUUAAAUGAGAUUGUUUGAAGUGGAUUGUGUCGCUACAUACUAAGCAAACCCUGUUGUAAUUUUUCACAAUCAAAGAAAUGGAGGAACAAUCUGAGGAUCAGAGCAGAGGAACAAAAGUUGCCAGAGAAUGGAUCCGUGGAACUAUGUUAAGUGGACAUCGUACAUCGAAGCGAUGAUAUAAAGUAAUCCUGACACACUUUCCCUUGAGUGUAUGGAGCCCCCACAGUUAUUUCUGAAAUACAGUAUAAUAUGAAGCUAUGAUACCAUAUUGCCUUUACAAGAGAAGACAAAUGUGGAUAACAGUAGGAAUUUUGACACAUUUCAAAGAAACUAGUCACACUCCAAGGACGGUCCCCUACAAGUCCAAAAGCAUGCUGGAUGAAAAGAUUAGGAGGCCAAACAUAGAAUGAGCUGCCCCAUCUUUUAGAUACAGUGGACACAAAACUAAGAAGCUGAAAACCUUUACUUUGGCCUAUUUAUUAGAAAUAAAAAGCAGUUUUUAUUUGAAAGUUUUUAGAGCAUUUGUUUUAUACCAUACAUACUCCAUAUAAAAGGCAGAAUGAUUUGUUUUCACUAGUUUUUCCAGAUACAUUUGCUGUUUGUGAACUGUUACUUCUUAAUAUGGUCUCUCUGAACCUAAGAACAACUUCUAAACAAUUUCUGAUGUACAUGUGAGCACUAAUAUGAAGCCCCGUUACACAUCAACACAUCAUAUUUUUACCAGCGAGGAAACCAUAACCAGAUGCAGUAUGCUAAUUAUCAAAUCCUUUCAACGUGACACAGGAAGUAACAAGUGCAUAUUCGAUAGACCUGUAAACUUUUAAAUAGUUCAGCUAUCUAUUACGUUUUACCUCCUAUGGUUAGCAUUGGCUUAGCACUAGCAUGCUUUUAAACAUGUUUUUUUU